UUGUUGAUGUUAAGUUAGCUAGCGUUAAGCGUUAACCGUUAAUGUCAGUUAGUGGGUUUAACGGUCGCCAAAUCUCUUACAUCGCAAGUUAGCUAAACAAGUAGGUUACAUACAUUGUAUAAACUUGUAUAAAGUCAAUUGUCAUACUUUUGUCUCAUUUUAUUAUCCAUUCAAACUUGUCAAACAUUUUGUAUCUUGUGUUGAGCAGAGUUUGUCGCGUGUUUGUGACGUGUACGGAAGUUCCCGGUUGUAAAAGAAGCUAACUAGCUGGUCUAGCGCAGGUUGUCCCGUGGUGGUGGUGUUAUGGUCGUUUUAACAAACCACAACCACUCCAGGAAUUAGCUGAUUUCGACGAUGAACGCGGCACGGUUAUAUUUGUUGCUCCAUGUUUUUUUGUCAGCCGGUGUGCUCGUACACACGUUUGAGCCGUUCACAACAACAAUGGUUGUCGGUCUCGGUCUCGGUACUUUGGGGCGGACGAUCUACAAUUAUUUACACGAAAGUUGUGAUUCGAAAUGGAUCGACUUCAAUGCAACAGGUCUCGAGGUUGACCUGGAGAGCAAACUGUUCGGACAGCACAUUGCGUCACGCAUCAUCCUGAAAGCUGUGACCGGAUUCAUGAGCAACGAGAACCCGAAGAAGCCCCUGGUGCUCUCUCUGCACGGAUGGACCGGCACCGGGAAGAACUUUGUCAGUCAGAUGAUCGCUGACAAUGUUUACAAAGAGGGAAUGGACAGCAGCUUCGUUCACAUCUUCACAUCUGAACUCCACUUCCCACAUUUGAGUCAUUUUGAUACCUACAAGACUCAGCUACAGCAGUGGAUCAGAGGCAACGUCUCCAACUGUGCACGAUCCAUGUUCAUCUUUGAUGAGAUGGACAAGAUGCAUCCUGGCUUGAUUGACAGCAUCAAGCCGUACCUGGACUACUACGACAGGCUGGAUGGAGUUUCUUAUCGGAAAGCCAUCUUCAUCUUCCUCAGCAAUGCCGGAGGGGAGGGCAUCAUCGAGACGGCGCUAGAUUUCUGGAAAGCAGGACGAGAUCGAGAAGAGCUCGAGCUAAAAGAUCUGGAAACGGUGCUGUCUCUAUCUGUGUUCAACAACAAGAGAAGUGGCUUGUGGCACACAAGUUUGAUCGACAAGAACCUGGUGGACUUCUUCGUCCCCUUCCUGCCUCUGGAGGACCGGCACGUCGUCCAGUGUGUCAUGGCCGAGAUGAAAGCCAGAGGACUUCGGCCAGAACAGAAAGUGGCGGACCAGGUGGCCAGGGAUGUAGUCUAUUUCCCCAAAAGUGAGAGAGUGUUCUCUGUCAAAGGCUGCAAGACGAUAGCGAGCAAGUUGGACUACUACACAUAAUGUCGGCAUCCGAUGAACGCUGCGUUCGAUCACUAUGUGCACUUUUUUAAAAGAAAAAAACUCUCAGCCAAAUGACUAAAGAGAGGAAGUCAGGCCGACUGAACUCUGAGGAGGUCUCUGUGGUGGUUUCUCUGUUUGACCCUGUGGCCAAGUGGAGGACUUCAUCGGGCCUUCUCCAAUGUUGCAUAUCGUUUGCACUGAAUGCAGGAGGCGGAUGGAAUGAAUAAGACUGGAAUGCUAUCCUUUGUAGGUGUUAAAGGGGUUUGAUGGCUACUUCAUGUUGCGCAACAGCUUGAGUCUCAAAAGAGGUUUUGGUUUCCUGAGCUUCUUAAUGACCAACAAGAUGUCAGUAGAACCAUGGCAUGUCACUGUUGUGCAUUUUCUUUAUUUAAUGUGUACUCCAUAUAUAUGGAUUACUGGAAA